AUGACUGCAAACGAAACCACCGCGGCGCCCACCAGCACUACUCUCCUUAGUGAGGUCUCUGGUGUCGUCCCAGACGUGACCCCAACCGAGCUGAAAGUCGUCAAUGAAUCCACUCCACCCACAGAGACUGGCAUAACUAUCACUGCAAUCCCUGAGCAAGAGGCAGCCAAGGAGGCCGACAGGACUGAGAUAACUGUGACGAAGCCGACUCCUCCUAUCGAAGACCUUUGGGCGGCUGCCAAAUCCCAUGGCCAUCCAGAAAUCUGGGGCGUCUAUCUGAAAGAUCCUGCAAACGAUAUCCCCACCCAGAUCAUCCUCCAGAAAUUUCUCAAUGCCAACGAUGGAGACCUGGCCAAGUCUAAGGAUCAACUCACCAAGACAUUGGACUGGCGAGCCAAGAUAAAGCCUCUGGAGUUGACGCAAAAGAAGUUCAACCGGCACAAAUUCAACGGACUGGGCUAUGUUAGUACCUUCGGGGCACACGAUACAGUUGACCCCGAGCUCAAAGAAGUCAUCACCUGGAACAUUUAUGGUAGCGUCAAGAAUGUGGAGGAAACAUUUGGAGACUUGCAAGAGUUCCUCGAAUGGCGCGUGGUUCUCAUGGAGGCUGCCUUGGCCUCUCUCGGCAUCCAACAAGCAUCCAAGACUAUCACUGCCGACUAUGAUCCGUACAAGAUAGUUCAGGUUCAUGACUACAAAUCGAUCAGCUUCUUGCGUCAAUCUCCCGUCGUCAAAGCAGCCAGUACCGAAACAAUAAAGAUCUUUGCUCAGAACUAUCCUGAGCUUCUGAAGGAGAAGUUCUUCGUCAAUGUGCCGGCCAUCAUGGGUUUCAUCUAUGCGUUCAUGAAAUUGUUCGUGGCUCCAAAGACCAUCAAAAAAUUCCACCCAAUGAGCGAUGGUGCCAAUCUCGCCAAGGAAAUCGCAGCGAACAGCAAUGUCAAGGGUUUACAAGAUUCGUUGCCCGUGGCGUAUGGUGGAAAGGGAGCUGAGCUCGAGAACGUUGGAAAGCAGCCUGAUCUCCAGGAGCCUGAAUCGGUGACGCAGAAGGGGUAA